AUGCCGUCGAUUACGCAGUCCCGGAAGCGCAAGGCGCCCACCCGUGACAUUUCUCCCCCCGAAGAUGCGGCCUCCAGCGACGAAUUUGAAGGCGGAAAGCUUGAGGGGAUCCUGUCGCAAAGCGAAGACGAAUCCGACAACAGCGUGAGUGAAGAGGAGGAAGACAGCGAAGAGGAAGAAGAAGACCUGGAAGAAGAUGAAGACGAGGAGAUCGACAGCGAUGAGAUUCCCUCCUCUGAAGACGAAGACGACAUUCGCAACCAGAUCAGAAACCUCAAGGUCAAAGGAGAGCCCACCAAUGGUCGCUCCACGCAUACCGACGAUGCUAGCGACGGCGAAGGAGAUACUCGCAUGCGAUCGGCUUCGCCCGAAUAUGGAUUUCAAAAGCUCGAGAAGAACUACAAAGUCACGACCGACGCAAAUGGCAACCCUCGCUACGUCUAUCAGGAAAUUGAGGCAGGAUACGAUACCGACGACUCGGAUGCGCCCGCUGGACAAAAGAACACCAUUGGCGACAUUCCACUCUCUUUCUACGACGCGUACCCUCACAUUGGCUACGACAUCAAUGGCAAGAAAGUCAUGCGCCCGGCGAAGGGCGAAGCGUUGGAUGCUCUGCUCGAUAGUAUAGAGAUACCCAAGGGUUGGACUGGCCUGACCGACCCCGCUACUGGCAAGCCGUUGCAACUCAGCCGGGAGGAGUUGGAAGUUUUGAAGCAGGUUACUCGCAACGAGGUGCCUGCCGACGGCUACGACCCCUACCCAGAUAUGAUUGAAUACUUCACAGGAAAGGAGGAGAUCAUGCCUCUAAGCGCUGCGCCUGAGCCCAAGAGACGCUUUGUCCCCUCGAAGCACGAGGCCAAGCGUGUCAUGAAGAUCGUCAAGGCUAUCAAGGAAGGCAGAAUACAGCCAUACAAGCCGCCGGAGGAGCAGGAAGAAGAGGACCCGACGAUCAAGAGGUACGACCUGUGGGCUGACGAAGCGCCGCGACCGGAUCACUUGACGCAUAUCCCCGCGCCCAAGCUUCCGCCACCCGUCCACGAGGAGAGUUAUCACCCGCCGCCUGAGUACCUUCCGGAUAAGAAGGAGAAGGAGGCGUGGGAAGCAGAGGAUCCGGAGGAUAGGGAGCGGGAAUACCUGCCCACUGACUUUGGUGCCCUCCGAAAAGUCCCCGGCUACGACCAGUUCGUCAGAGAGAAGUUUGAGAGGUGUCUCGAUCUUUAUCUUGCGCCUCGUGUCAGGAGAAGCAAGCUCAACAUUGAUCCCGAAUCUCUCCUGCCCAAGUUGCCAAGUCCAGACGAGCUCAGGCCAUUCCCUACGACUUGUGCGACAAUUUUCCGUGGCCACGAUGGUCGCGUGCGCAGUCUAGCUGUGGACCCUAGUGGCAGAUUUGUUGCUAGUGGUGGCGAUGAUGGUUGCGUCAAGAUUUGGCAUAUCCUCACUGGUCGACAGGAGUGGAGCGCAAAGAUCUCAGACGAGGAGGCAGUCAAUGUCGUCAAAUGGCGGCCCGGGCAAGAUGCGGUAAUUCUCUCCGCUGCUGUUGGGGAAACCGUCUUCCUCAUUAUUCCUUUCGGCUUGUCCAUCGUGACUCCGGACGUCGAGCAAGCCAGCCGCGAAAUCCUUGAUGCUGGCUGGGGGUACGCUGCAUCAAAUCCCUCAAAACACACUACCGCAGAUGGCGCCCCGAAAGCACCUCCUGCCAAAUGGAGUCGGCCCGGCUCCAGACUCGAAGAGCAAGGUGUGCUGGUUCAGGCGACUGUCCGAUCGACCGUGAAGGUGAUCAACUGGCACAGGCGUGGAGAAUACUUCGCCACCGUUUCCCCACAGGGGCAAAGCAGUGCCGUGGCAAUUCACACGUUGUCGAAACACUUGACGCAACUUCCGUUCCGCAAGCUGAAGGGGCUGGCUCAAACUGCGCAAUUCCACCCUUCGAAGCCGAUCUUCUUUGUUGCAACGCAGCGAACUAUCCGUAGCUACGAUCUUGCCAGGCAGGAGCUCCUCAAGAUCCUGCAGCCUGGUGCGCGCUGGAUCUCUUCUUUCGACUUGCAUCCGGGUGGCGACAACCUCAUUGUCGGAUCGUACGACAAGCGCCUGCUCUGGCACGAUCUCGACCUUUCCAACAAGCCGUACAAGACAUUAAGAUACCACAAGAAGGCUAUUCGCUCGGUGCGCUUCCACCAGGGCGGACUGCCGUUGUUCGCCGACGCUAGUGACGACGGUAGCCUGCAGAUCUUCCAUGGCAAGGUGGUGGGUGAUUUGAUGGAGAACGCGACAAUUGUGCCGCUCAAGGUUCUUCACGGUCACCAGGUCAAGAAUCAAUUAGGAGUGUUGGACGUUGAUUGGCAUCCACGACAGCCGUGGUGCAUGAGUGCUGGAGCGGACGGGACUUGCAGGCUUUGGAACUAG